UGUCAUCAGAGCGCCCUUUUUACCUGAGGAGUGGAGCGAAAGUUCAAAUCAGGAUCUAAAAUUAUUUCAAUAAAACAACAAAGCGGAUUUUUUUAAAUAAAACAAUCUGUGGUUGAAUUAUGUUAAUUCUGGUAAGAUAUGUCUCCGAAUCUGGUUGACAGAUGGACUGAGGAGAAUAAUAACAUCGCCAAAAAGUGGAAGGAAUAUGAAAGUCGUCGACCGCCUAUUCAGGACAUAAAGAAGCACUGUUAUACAGAAUGUGUGAAACUACAGCAAAAAGUUCAAGGUCUGCCAGCCCAAACAGGACACCUUAAGCUUGAGCUCACUGUUGCAUACAACACUUUGUUAUUUUCACUGAGUUGCGGCACACCAAAGGAGACGAAUGAUUGCAUUAACAAUAUCUUAAUAAGAGCAUUAGAGGCUGUAUGUAAGCAGGUGCCCAGUUAUGAUUUGGUUCCAUUAUGGCAAGUUGUGCUGAAGACCUUCGGUGGUACGGUAUACGAACCAUGGAUCCACAAACUGCUGCUGAUUCAGUGGGCAGUCUGGCUCUCAGAAUGCCACUAUGAAGGAAUCCUGCAUUUGCUUCUACAGGUUAAUCACAAAAGCGCACCAUCAGGGGAUCUGCUUGCAGAAACCCGAAACCUUACCUUCUCUACUGAAGAAGACACCUCCCUGCUCGUCGCUUUAGCAACCAAGGACCUUAAGGAGCUUUUGUAUGUGUGCACUUUUAUUUCUAAUGGAGUGGCGCAGAUAAAGAAAGAGAAAUAUAUCGAGGCUCUCGUAGUUUUGCAGGAAGCUCGCACUCAACCCUCACCCAGAGCUCUCUUGGCUCAUGUUCACAUGCUCACAGGCCUUUGCUAUGCCAAGCUGCAACAGCCCCAGAGUGCCCUUCAGUGUUACAGAAAGGCUUUGGAAGUGGACUUUAAUUGCCACAGGGCUCUUUAUCAGAGCUCAGAAGUAUACAGACAGCUGGGAAACACGAACGCUGAAAUAGAGGCCCUGCAUCUCCUGCACUCUGCUGUAAUGUUGCAUGCAGAGAGUGAUCCAUCAAGUACAUCAAUGCCAUUGAUAUCUCCUGAUGUGCUGCUUGGGAGUAAACAAAUCGACUUCAUCUGCCAAAUUCCAUCUCCUCUUCAUAUAUUACACACACUGGGGUGUCGAUGUGUGCUCAGUGACAGGAAUUCACAAGGGGCUGAAUAUUAUCUCGACCUCUUGGCUUCUCUACAGUCAGACUCAAAACAAAUGCCUGUGAGCGAUGACUUGUCAUUUCCAAGAAUUCCAGUGAUCUACCUUGAAGCAGCCUUUGCCCUGUUAACAGCCAAACGGGUUUGGGAUGCCCUUGCCAUUUGUGAUGAGGUCAUUGCUAAAACUGCUGAUCUUAUCCCAGAGAGGUUGUUGAUUUCACCAUCCAUGACCGUUUCCACAGAACUCAUCCCUCUGGCACUGGAAGCUGAUGCUCCAGAGGAAAAGCUGGAGUGUGUGCUCUGGUCUGGAGCUGCUUACUUCCUCCAAGGACAGGCACAUUUACAGCUCAAAGAUACGAAAGAGGCAUUGACCAAUUUUACUCGAGCUAUCAAUCAAUUGGUGAAAGCGUGCAUUAAGCAGAAAGUGAAAGAUCCAGGAGACUAUAGAGGAGCUGUUGAUCAUACAAUGAAGUUCCUGGAAGCUCUGAAAGGAAAAGUGCUUGCAUUUAGAGCUGUGUGUUUUGCAGAGAGAGGGCAAUUGAAGGAGGCUUUAAGGGACUUUCAGCUCAGUCUUCAGGCCACACCAGGAUGCAGGAACACUGAAAUGUGGCUAGUGGAGAUGAUGUGGAGGCUGGACCGCAAGCAGGAAGCGGCAGCCAUGUGGACGCAAAUCCUUAAUUCCACACAAUCACCAACACCCGUAGAUCUGCCCUUGUAUCUGCAAACGUGGCAUGAGGAUCCGACGGCUUUUGACCUGAGCAGCCUGAAGAGCAAAAUGGAGGAAUUUAUACAGAAUAGUUUUGUAAUAGCAUAGUAACAUUGCGUUAUUCUACAUCCUUUGAAUAUUUAUUUAAUGACUCUUGCUUGAUUUAUCAUUUGUACCGGUCCUUCAUCGCAGGACAUCACACACGCGUACAUGUGCAGAGAUGAGAAACUGGAAACCACAAACGACACACGUGUGUAGAUGAGAAUAACAUGUAAAACCACACACAGUCAGGGGUUCAGGAUCAAACCCUGGAUUCAGGCCCUACAAGGCAUCACAGUCAUGUUCUGCACUACCUGCUGCCUUUCCUUUUCUUGACAUAGAAUGUAUACCUAAGGAAUAAACAUUUUUGCAUCAAGUUCAUUUGAGAUGAUUUUCAAAAUUGUAAAUAGUUUGAAAUGAAUGCUUUUGGGUGACAAUAAAGGUCAUGUUAUAUCAUCGGAGAA